GUCGCCUGGGUGUAGGAGCCACAAUCGCUUGUCGUGCGGAAAGAAAGUGUCUGCCCUACAGCACUAAACAGAAGUGGUUCAUAUUUUACUCCUUCGCUGCUAACAGACGUUCGACAGUAAAGUAAAUCGUUCGCGAAACGGUCACACUAUUCGUGUAACGUAAAGCCGUACGUGUGUUAAUCGUAAAAUGAUGCUUUUGCUGCGCUAAGAGGUAGCUAUCCGCUGCGGCUCGUGCCAAGUGCAUAAACGCAUCCUCCUUUCAAGGCAUAGCGUGCAGAGGAGUGAGUGAAGUGUGGUGCUCUUGAUGCUACACCGAAGCUUUAGCGAGUGUUCGAUAGGUGCGCCGCGGAUCAUCGGUGAAGAACGUUUUAUCAAUGAUCGACGAUCGGUCUUGAUAUGGUGUUAAGUGUGAAGUGUGCAGCAGUGUUCCUUCCCCAAGGCAGGAAGUGGUGAUGGCAAUCAGUGGUGCUCGCUUGAACUAGGCGGCGAUAUAAAACACGAGUGUCCGGUUGUGGCCAGAGACGUCAGCCUCUGACGGCUGUGGCCACACGUACACACACACAGAUACAAACACAACAUCAUCCUUCGUUUGCUGGACGAUCUACUACACACCAGAGGCGCCAGACCCCCCCGUUGUGUGGAGCAAUGGGUUACGAUUUGGCCCGGUUUCAGGGUGAUGUUGACGAAGAGCUGAUCUGUCCCAUCUGUUCCGGCGUGCUCGAGGAACCGCUGCAGGCCGUCGCGUGCGAACAUGCGUUUUGUCGCGGCUGUAUCACCGAGUGGCUGUCGCGGCAACCGACCUGCCCGGUCGAUCGAAAUCCCAUCACAAACAACAACCUGCGCGCUGUGCCAAGAAUACUCCGCAAUUUGCUCUCCCGGCUAAACAUUACGUGCGAGAAUGCCAUGUACGGUUGCACGCUCGUGUUGAAGCUGGACACCCUUGCCGCACACAUCGAGGAGUGCGAACACAAUCCGAAGCGGCCACUGCCGUGCGAGAAGGGGUGCGGGUUCGUCAUACCGAAGGACGAGUACAAGGAUCACAACUGCUUCCGGGAGCUGCGUUCGUUGGUGCACAGCCAGCAGCAGAAAAUGGGCGAGCUGAAGAACGAAAUCAACGAUCAAAAUCUGGUGAUAAACGAGCUGAAGCGGGAGCUGAACCUGGUGAAGGAUUUUAUGCGGGCCAUGCGCGUCUCGAAUCCCGCCAUGCGUGCCAUUGCCGACCAGAUGGAGCGGGACGAGGUGAUGCGAUGGUGUAACGGGCUGGCAAGGGCCCGGGUCACUCGCUGGGGCGGUAUGAUCUCUACACCGGAUGAUGCACUGCAGCUCAUGAUCAAGCGGGCACUUUCGGAGUCUGGCUGUCCACCGCACAUACUGGACGAUCUGAUGGAAAACUGUCACGAACGACGGUGGCCCCGUGGUCUCAGUUCGCUCGAAACGCGACAAAACAAUCGACGGAUAUAUGAAAACUACAUCUGUCGGAGGGUUCCGGGCAAACAAGCGGUACUGGUUCUGCAGUGCGACAAUACGCACAUGAACGAGGACGUGAUGGUAGAACCGGGGCUGGUGAUGAUAUUUGCUCAUGGCAUCGAAUAGUUAGCGGGCGGGGAGUCGACUAGCACCAACUACUGAAGGCGUUUGGCAGGCGCCUCCUUGAUGUGCGACCAUCUAGUGAACUCGAAUGCAGUCACGCUGUGGGCUGUUGGAUUGCCCACUAAUCUCCCCGCCCUUCGCACAGUCCAUCCCCAUCGUCCGUGUUUGUUUGUACGUUAACAUUUCGUUGCUGAUAACAACCAAUACGACUGUUGUUGAUCUCGGAGUGGAUUUCGGUAACCGGAAUCCGUUCCCGUUUCUACUACUAGCUGAGUGCGAGAGGCUCAGUCACGCAGAGGAUGCCAACACUCGGCCACACCCAUUGGCGCAGCAUCCCGCGCCAAAAAAAGAAAGCUGAACAGAAAGUGGCUUUAUGUAAAAAGGAAAUCAGAAUUAGGUACGAACUGCGCUGUCCGGUACUUACAGCCUUUUGUUUUUUAAGCAAUCCAAAGUGAACUCGAACUCGUCUCUUAUUUGCUUUAAAUGUUUUUGACGAUUUAGCAAGCCAAUCGGACGCUUACAACACGCGCUGCCACACUCGACUUUUGUGAUUGAAUUACAUGUUGUGGUCUGUGUGUGUGCGUUGCACUGCGUAUUGCGAAGAGUGGUAUUUAAAAAACCAAAAGGAUUUACGCAAAAAUCGCUCCAUAAAACGGGGCGCACGAUUGGUGAAGAGGCAAUGGAAAAUUUAAGCGCUGAAUGAAUUAUGCUCGUCUCUGAGUGAUUGUCACGAGGCAAGAAGUCGCAUUUUACUUUCCUUACUUCUUACUUUAUCUUCAGAACAACAUUUUCAAACUUCUUUUACCAACUGAUGUAAGAGAUUUGCAGUAUAAUUCAGGAACUAUACAGCGCUCCUACAACAACAUUAAGCAUGCUUGCUUGCCGUAACACAAAACCCUCCCUGCAAACAGCUGCCCGAUACUGUUAUGUCUGCUGCUUACAUUAUGCGUUGUUACUGUAAUUAUAAUUAGUAUUCCGAAUGGCAAAACAAGAGCGCAUUUGAUUUAGCGUUUGUGUGAUAAGUUACGUGUGUGUGUGUUAGGCAGUGAGUAGAACCGCCCGGCACGUCUAUCAAACCGGGCACCAGUUCUUCCGGUGGUCGAUUCGCAGUUCGAUGUGUAUAAAGAAACGUGUGCGAACACGACGAGACCCCCUCCGUAGCCGUUGACUAGCGGAACAAUGUUUGCGGUAGGUUACUAAGUGCACACUAUUCACCUCUUUAUUAAAACACUUAACGAUAAUUAGACAACCAGAACAUUGAUGGCAUGAGGGAGUGAUUGAGCACUAGUAUGUGUGGUGGCAUAGUAUGAUUGAUACUUGUUGAACGUGUGUGUGCGUACGGUUGAGCGAAUGGAUGUGGUGUGUUGAGUAAGGAGUAAAGAUUCAAGUGGUAAACUUAGUCGUGAUUUAUGCUGAGAAUAAAAUGUCGAAAAACACAAGUGAAAUAAAUCGAAUAUACGCUUUUCCUACAAGCGUGGAAAAAGUGAAAA